AUUUUAUUAAUGUAUGUAUAUAAUAUUGAUAAGAACUUGUGAUACUAUGAUAAGAUAAAAGACAUUUUAUGAUUUUUGUUAAUUUUUUUCAUUCGUACUGAAUGCCGAGACUGUCCACUGUCCAGUGUCGGGCAUUCGUUCAAUAAUCAUCUUAGAACGCAAAAAUAAAAAUCUUACAAACAGCAAAAACAUUUUUAGGUGUUUGAUGAGAGAAAUUUUCAUUAAGAAGUGAAGGUAUUGCGUUGACGCUGGCAACGAGACGUAACGAAACCGCGCUGUGUGAAAUUAUUUAAAUCGUACUCACACUUAUCGAAGGAGCUGUGUACUUUGUACAAUCAUUAUUCGCGCGGACGUGAAAAACGUUUUUGUCUUGUGAAAUCGCAUUAUGCAACAGCAAUCGUUUCAAUGGGCAUAACCAAAUACCAAUGGACGAAAGGGUAAGCAUCCGCGAUAACACGAAGCCUCUGAGGAAAUAUGGUAGCAUAAGUAAUAAUACCAACUUCAUCCGAAAUGAGCACUACAUCAAACAUGUUGUCACAGAGACGGAUACGUUGCAAGGGCUUGCACUUAAAUACAGCGUGACGACCGAGCAAAUACGAAAUGCCAACCGACUCUUCACGAAUGACAGUUUAUUCUUAAGGGAACAUCUGAAUAUACCUACUUGCGAUAUCAAAGCAAUUGGAACAAACAACUUUCAAAAUGACAAAGGGUCAAAAUCAUCUAACAUAUCACCGAUUGAAGAGCACAACAUUGAUGAUUGUAAUAAUUUCUUAAAUAAAAUAGAUCACAAAAUUGCUAGUGCAAGAGCUCAAGUUAUUGAUAGUCAAGACAGAAGUGUGUACUGUCCAGAAGAACAAGUAUUGUUUACACGACAACGACUAAGUCGUAGAAUACAGGGUCCCUCACUAAGUACAGAUGAUAUACCAAUAAUUGUGACCCAAAAUAAAAAGUUAAUGAAUUCACGGCAACGGCUUGAACAAGAGGAAGAAGAAAUGUUUACUCUGUGAUAAAUAGUAAUAUAAUGUACCUAGCCAAUAUUAUUUUUAACUACAACUAUUUCAUAGUAAUUAUCUUAAAACAAUUUUGAUUGAGAUGUUGACUUAUUAAUAUAAUCUAACUGAACUGUAACUUGUUUUUAAAAAACUAUUAAUUAUUAAUUUUCAAUCUAAGUAAGGUUGUGGUUAUGUUAUUUUUUAUGUUUAAAAGUACAUUUAUUUUUUUUGUCUAUAUUUGACGUAACCAAUGCUGUGUUUGGUUCCGUUUUAAUGUUGUAAUUUAAAAUAAUAUUUUUGAUCAAUAAAUUAUGUUCUCUGUUAA